GCCCAGAAGUAUGACCCCCAGCGGGAGCAGGAGUUGCGGCUGUGGAUCGAGGACAUGACGGGGGAGCGCCUUGCAGACAACUUCAUGGAGGGGCUGAAGGAUGGCGUCAUCCUGUGCAAACUCAUCAACAAACUGCAGCCUGGCUCCGUGAAGAAGGUGAACGAGUCCACUCAGAACUGGCACCAGCUCGAGAACAUCAGUAACUUCAUCAAGGCCAUCACCAAGUACGGCGUGAAGCCGCACGACAUUUUCGAAGCCAACGACCUCUUUGAGAACACGAACUACACCCAGGUGCAGUCCACCCUGAUCGCCCUGGCGAGCCAGGCCAAGACAAAAGGCAACAAAGUGAACAUGGGUGUCAAAUACGCCGAGAAGCAUCAGCGCCGAUUCCAGCCGGAGAAGCUGAAAGAAGGACGGAACAUUAUCGGGCUGCAGAUGGGCACCAACAAGUUUGCCAGCCAGCAGGGCAUGACGGCGUACGGCACCCGCCGGCACCUCUAUGACCCCAAACUGGGCACAGACCAGCCCCUGGAUCAGGCCACCAUCAGUCUACAAAUGGGCACCAACAAGGGAGCCAGCCAGGCGGGCAUGACGGCCCCAGGGACCAAGCGGCAGAUCUUCGAGCCCACGCUGGGCAUGGAGCACUGCGACAGCCUCAACGUCUCCCUGCAGAUGGGCAGCAACAAGGGCGCCUCGCAGCAGGGCAUGACCGUGUACGGGCUGCCACGCCAGGUCUACGACCCCAAGUACUGCCUCCAGCCCAACUAUGCCAUGGUCGGCGAGGACGAGUACAACCACAGCCAACACAACUUCUACAACUCCGAAUGA